AACCUUGUUGCAACCACUUGUAAGUGGAUAGCUGAAAUCCACAUCUGCAACUUGAACGCCCCAUCUUACUGACAUUGAUGGUGGCAGAGUGUCGUCAUCAGUACCUAGCUGCGACGGCCCUGUGCAUACUACAUUCGCCUAGAGUGAGUGACUUGAGCAGAAUCCAUCGGCGCCGCGGCCGUAUGUAGAGCGCGUGAUUUUCGUGCCAAUAAUAACUCUUUACGCCCUUCAAGUCGAAGACACAGCUGUAGAUGAUAACCGACACGGUAUGUCAGAGUCAACAAUAAUCGUUGAACGCUCCGAAAGGGUGGGGAUCAUCAAACUCAAUCGACCCAGGGCUUAUAACGCACUCUCCGUAACAUUGAUCAACGAAUUAUUGGAUGCUUUGAGGUCGUUCGAGAGCGACCCUAGCAUAGGCGCCAUCAUCCUAACGGGAAACGAGAAAGGGUUCUGCGCUGGUGCGGAUAUCAAGGAACAAAGCGAACUAUCUUUUGUCGACGCAUACAACCAAGACUACCUGAAGAAUCUAAAUGACGGAUUUUUCGCUGUCCAUAAGCCAAUAAUCGGAGUCAUCAAUGGUAUCGCAUUGGGAGGCGGCUGUGAGUUGGCGAUGAUGUGUGACAUUUUGUAUGCAGCAGAUACUGCAACGUUCGGGCAGCCAGAAAUCGCACUAGGAACUAUUCCAGGAGCUGGAGGGACGCAGCGCUUAAUCAGAGCUAUUGGCAAAUCGAAAGCGAUGCACAUGAUAUUGACGGGGGAGACGAUGAAUGCAAAUGAAGCCGAAGCAGCAGGGCUUGUGGCUAAAGUCCUCCCUGCAGAGCAGGUCUUUAGUGUAGCUUUGAAAACAGCGAGUAAGAUAGCGAGCUUCUCUGCACCCAUCGUGGCAAUGGCAAAGGAAGCGGUCAACGAAGCUGAAGAGUUGGGGCUGAAAAAUGGGCUACAUUUCGAAAGCAGACUUUACCACGCGACCUUCGGGAUGAAGGAUCAUGCAGAAGGGUUCCAAGCAUUCCUUGCCAAACCCAAGCGCUUAGCCCAGUGGACACACAAGUGAUGAUUAACCAGCCUGAAUGUUGCACGAGAUAUAUAACCACCUCGUGGUGUUGUAAAGAGUCAAACUGUAGGAUAAGUUUAUGAUGGUAUUGUACAGGGUGUGACGAUGUAGCGAGCAACUCAAUUAAGAUGUUGAAUCGGCAAGUUCACCGGAACCUUUGGCGUUCAAUUACAGAUUUCUGUCUCGAAUCUCGCGAAACGCGCC